GCUAUCAGCAGCCGCGACAGCAGCAGCGGAGCAGCAGCGGCGGCGGAGCAGCGGCGGAGGGAUCUCGGCGUCCUUCCGAGAUUUUCUGCUGUCAACAGUUUAUGGUUUAAAAGUCACCCGACCGCGGAGAAAAACAGUGAACCCCAAACCCGCCGCUCCGUGACCCCUACAUAGAGAUAUGAGCGGCAGCGGGCGGCCCAGAACGAGCUCGUUUGCUGAGCCGCCAGGUGUUCCAGGAGCCGCCGCAGCGUCCGCCGGACCAGCCGCUGCCGUGGGGAGCAGUACAGGAAAGUCCGGGGUCCCGCAGGCCUCGGGCGGCAGCUCGUCGGGAUGCUCCAACCUGAAGCUGGCUAGAGACAGUGGGAAGGUGACGACAGUUGUGGCCACGCCCGGGCAGGGACCGGACCGCCCCCAGGAAGUGUCUUACACUGACAUCAAGGUGAUUGGUAAUGGGUCUUUUGGUGUGGUGUACCAGGCUCGUCUCAUUGACAGCCAGGAAAUGGUGGCCAUCAAGAAGGUUUUGCAGGACAAGAGGUUUAAGAACCGAGAGCUACAGAUCAUGAGGAAGCUCGACCACUGCAACAUCGUCAGAUUGCGCUACUUUUUCUACUCCAGUGGCGAAAAGAAAGAUGAGGUGUACCUCAACCUGGUGCUGGACUUUGUCCCUGAGACGGUCUACAGGGUUGCAAGACAUUUCAACAAGGCCAAGAGCAUCAUUCCUAUCAUAUAUGUCAAGGUGUACAUGUACCAGCUCUUCCGUAGUCUGGCCUACAUCCACUCCCAAGGGGUGUGUCACAGAGACAUCAAGCCCCAGAACCUGCUGGUGGACCCCGAGACCGCCGUCCUCAAACUCUGUGACUUUGGCAGUGCCAAGCAGCUCGUCCGUGGCGAGCCCAACGUGUCGUACAUCUGUUCACGGUACUACCGGGCCCCCGAACUCAUUUUUGGUGCCACAGACUACACAGCAAACAUCGACAUCUGGUCAGCAGGUUGCGUGCUGGCUGAACUGUUGCUCGGACAACCCAUAUUCCCCGGCGACAGCGGCGUGGACCAGCUAGUAGAGAUUAUCAAGGUGCUAGGGACCCCCACAAGGGAGCAGAUCCGAGAAAUGAACCCAAACUACACAGAGUUCAAGUUCCCUCAGAUCAAAGCUCAUCCCUGGACCAAGGUGUUCAAGCCCCGGACGCCACCGGAGGCCAUUGCCCUGUGUUCUCGGCUGCUGGAGUACACGCCAGCGACGCGCCUCUCCCCGUUGGAGGCCUGCUCACACGCCUUCUUCGACGAGCUCCGCCAACCCAAUGCAAGGCUGCCCAGCGGCCGGCAGCUGCCCAUGCUCUUCAACUUCAGCACCACAGAACUGUCAAUCCAGCCCCAACUGAAUUCAACCCUGAUACCUCCUCACGCACGCGCUCAGACAGCUGCUUCCUCCCACGAUGGUGCUGGUUCAGACUCAUCUCAGCACAGUUCAGUACCGGGAUCCCUCAACAGCAUCUGAAGCAGCCCCUCACCCGGUCACCACAGCCGAUUUGAUAGUUUCCAUCGGUACCCUGUGAGGACACAGCACCGAUAGCGGUCUUGUCAAGCCAGGCCUUGACCAAUCCAGUAUGGUCUUGUCUAUCCACAUAAUGACUUGGCAAAAUGUUACAUGGGAUGCCCUUCCUGACACAACCACUGACCCUGUGGACGGGGGCACAGCCGCUUCUCCGGGGCCGGGUCACGGUGGCAGCAAGAUAAGUAGGGCACUCCAGACGUCCCUCUCCCCAGCAACGCCCUCCAGCUCCUCUUGGGGGAUCCCAAGGCGUUCCCAGGCCACACUGGACGUGUAGUCCCUCCAGCGAGUUCUGGGUCUACCCCAGGGUCUCCUGCCAGUUGGACGUGCCAGUGCUGGUGUUCUGGGAUCGCUCAGACUCAGAGGACUGAUGUGUUCUGGGAUCGCUCAGACUCAGAGGACUGAUGUGUUCUGGGGUCGCUCAGACUCAGAGGACUGAUGUGUUCUGGGAUCGCUCAGACUCAG